AUGUCGAAGAAUGAAGAAAAUUUGAUAUCGUUGAUUCAAGAACGCACUAGUCUUAAUGUUACAACCAAUUUCUUAAUAAUUUUAAAGAAAUUAGCUAUUAGGAAUAAGGGAAAUGUUGAUAACUUUAAGAAAAGUUGCUUAGCAUUAGGUAAAUUUAACACCAGAGAUGAGUUUUUGGAGAAAUUAUUUGAUAGAUUGACAAAUAGCGAAGAAAUACCACGCAAGGAAGCCGUUACUGUUGAGCAUCAUGAGAAAAAACCGCAUCCACCUUCUAGUAAUAAACUUGAAGGAUAUCUCAAAUCAACUGAACCAUCUUUACCACAAAAGAGAACGAAAUUCAAAGUAUCAUUAAAUUUUGACGACAGUGGAAGCGAAGAUGAAGGCGAUGACGAAAACCUAGAUACACUUAUACCGUCUUUCAAACCAGCUAAUGAACUUAUAUCACAUCAUUCUACUGAUACCCCUUUAUUUAAGAGAAAACUAAAUAAAGAUACGGCAUCUAAAUUAAAGGAAUACUCUCCAGCUAACGUCAAAAAAUUGGAACCUAAGCUAUUACUCUCGAAAAGCGACACUUCAGGAAACAGGUUGGUUAACCCAUCUGCAAGGCUAUCGAAUAACGCCUCAAGCUUACCGCAUAAUAAGAGGUCUGAAAAAGAAUAUAUAAACCUAAAUGAUGACGCAAAUGGAAUAGAAGAUGAGAAAAAGAAAAUUCUUAACUCUGAGAUUACAACGGAUGACGUGGAAUGGUAUAAUUAUGAUGAUUCUGGGGCCCCAACAUCUGAAGAAGUAGAAUUAAUACAUGAACUUAAUUUCAGCAAAAAGACAUCAGAUAACUUCGCAUCACGAACAUCAAAUCAAGAUACUUUACAUUCAGAAAUUCAAUUAUAUUCAUUAUCAAUUGAGCAAAGGAAAAAUUGGUUACCAUUUUUUUUAAAGAAUUAUAGUAAUAUACAUAAUAUCUCUAAUUCGAUGAUAUUGGGUUCAUUUACAGAAGAUCCUACUCACAUCGAUGGGUUAAUUAAUCCCUUUAGGAAUCCAGGAAGUAAAUUCUCUCAAAAUGCAAGAUUACCAAGUAAACUGGUCAGAUUAAGAAGAUUACAAAAUGAUCAGACUGAAAAAUCAAAACAAGAUUCAAACAUCGUAGGGACGCAGCUGGGUGAAGUUCUUGGUAUAAAGCAAAGUAAUUCUGAUGAUCUAAAAGAAAGUACAUCGGAGAAGAAUAAUACACGACAAACAGUCGAAGAGAUCAAAGAGGACGUUAAAGCUACUAGAAGAUCUUUACCUAUUUAUAAAACAAGAUCAGAUUUAUUAAGAACUAUUAGGGAAAAUCAAGUCAUUGUUAUAAUUGGUGAAACUGGGUCUGGUAAAACUACACAAUUGGCUCAAUAUAUAUAUGAAGAUGGAUUUUGUAAUAAUGGGAAAAUGAUUGGAUGCACUCAACCACGUAGAGUGGCAGCAAUGUCCGUAGCCAAGAGAGUGGCAACGGAAAUGGAUGUUAAACUAGGUGAAGAAGUGGGGUAUUCUAUAAGAUUCGAAGAUCAAACUUCGUCGGGUACUAAGAUAAAGUUUAUGACAGACGGUAUAUUAUUACGUGAGACUUUACUCGAUAACUCACUAGAUAAAUACAGCUGUAUUAUCAUCGAUGAAGCUCACGAACGAUCAUUAAAUACAGAUGUGCUGCUAGGUUUAUUUAAAACGUUAUUGACUGAGAGAAGAGAUCUAAAGCUUAUUAUUACUUCUGCUACGAUGAAUGCCCAAAAGUUUUCUAAUUUUUUCGGUAAUGCUCCACAAUUUACAAUUCCUGGAAGGACAUUUCCUGUUAAAGUGAUAUAUUCCAAAUAUCCUGUGGAUGAUUAUGUUGAUGCGGCGGUAACUGAAGCUGUUAGAAUCCAUCUAUCUACACCCAUUACUAGUGGUGAUAUCUUAAUAUUCAUGACUGGUCAAGAAGAUAUAGAGACCGCAGCUGAUUCAGUAAAAGAAAAAUUACUUAAUGUUUAUAUGAAAAAAUACGGUAUUUCCACGUUCGAUGAAAUUAAUGACAUUGAGAUUUUACAAAUUUACUCUGCCUUACCAGCAAAUAUUCAAAAUAAAAUCUUUCAAAAAUAUCUAAAUGAAAAUAAAAGAAAAAUUGUUAUUGCAACUAAUAUCGCUGAAACAUCAUUAACUAUUGAUGGUAUUCGUUAUGUUAUUGAUUGUGGAUAUUCUAAAUUAAAAGUUUAUAACCCAAAGAUUGGUCUAGAUAGUUUGACCAUUACACCAAUUGCAUUAACAAAUGCUAUUCAAAGAUCAGGGAGAGCAGGCCGUACAGGUCCUGGUGUUGCAUAUAGAUUGUAUACAGAAGAGACUAGCGAAGAUGAUAUGUAUCCACAAGCAAUUCCAGAAAUUCAAAGAACAAAUCUUUCUAAUACGGUUCUUCUAUUAAAGUCAUUAGAUGUGGAUGACGUUUUAAAAUUUCCAUUUCUUGAUCCGCCACCUUUACAAACUUUAUUAACAUCAUUAUACGAACUUUGGUUUAAUGAAGCAAUUGAUAAUAAAGGUGUGCUAACUCCAUUAGGCAGACAAAUUGCUAAAUUCCCAUUACAACCUUCACUUUCCAAAAUACUACUAAUAUCAUCCCAAAAUGGUUGUAGUGAAGAAAUGGUGACGAUAGUAUCGCUACUUUCUGUUCCUCAAGUAUUUUAUAGGCCGAAAGAACGUCAAGAGGAAUCUGAUAUGGCAAGGAAAAGAUUUUUCAUUUCUGAAUCAGACCAUUUGACACUUUUAAAUGUAUAUUCACAGUGGAAAAGCAAUAAUUAUUCCAGUCAAUGGUGCCAAAAACAUUUCUUACAAUAUAAGUCAUUAGUUAGAGCUGCUGAUAUUAGAAGCCAGUUGUUAACUGUAAUGGAACGACAAGGAAUUGAAGUUGUCUCAUCAGGUUCGGAUUGGAACAUAAUAAGAAAAUGUAUUUGCUAUGGAUUUUCACAGCAAGCCGCCAAAAUUUCUGGACUUGGGAAAUAUGUUCAUCUACGGACAGGAAUGGAUGUUCAUUUACAUCCUACAAGUGCAUUGUAUGGGUUAGGUGAUCUUCCCUCUUAUGUCGUUUAUCAUGAGCUUUUAAUGACCACUAAGGAAUAUAUAUGUUGUGUUACAUCAGUAGAUCCAUUUUGGCUUAUGGAUUCUGGAUUCCUUCUCUACGAUAUUAGAAGAAGUAAAGAAAUUAAGGAGGAUAAAAAUGGCAUGUUUGGAGGUUACUCAAAUGAAGAUGAAGAAACUGAAAUAAAAGAUGAUCUCGAUUUCAAAGUUGAAAAUUGUUUAAAUAAAAGGAAUCUUUUUCUCAAAAAUUUGGAAUCCUUCAAUAAAAAUGCAAAGGUAGAGGAUACUGCUAUGGAUAAUAAAUUAAAUAAGACAAAAAAACAAAGAGUGUAG